AUUUCCCGACAUGCAAAUGGGGAGGCGGCGCCUGCCUGUCUUGGGCAACGUAGUUCUGGGGCGGCCUUAUGUUCGGCGACUCCCGGCGUGCCCCGCAGCCGAGGGCCCAGAUGCGGAACCGGAUGUGGCUGGCUGCCCCGGUGCGGAGCACCGGGGAAAUGGCCACCGGGACAGACCAGGUGGUGGGACUUGGCCUCGUUGCCGUUAGCCUGAUCAUCUUCACCUACUACACCACCUGGGUGAUUCUCUUGCCAUUCAUCGAUAGCCAGCAUGUCAUCCACAAGUACUUCCUGCCCCGAGCCUACGCCGUUGCCAUCCCACUGGCCGCCGGCCUCCUGCUGCUCCUGUUUGUAGGAGUGUUCAUCACCUAUGUGAUGCUGAAGAACCAGGUGACCAAAAAGGCUCAGUGAAAGCCCAGCAGGGAUGAGGCUGCUGGCCCCUUCUCUGCUUCCCCGCAAGGGCAUACCAAGGGCAGGGGUCCACAGGACCUAUUCAGGCACUGUGGCGCCCUCAAACCUGGCUGCUCUGCAGACACCCUGAAGGAUGGAGCUGUUCAGAACUCACCCCUGACUGACAAGAGCACCCACUGCCCUGCUCACCUUUCCAGAAGCUAGGAGGGAGGAGUACCUGAAGUCUCCCUCUCUCCCCCUUCCGGCUCAGGGCCUGAAAGAUGCUAGUCCUCCCUGCCUCACCUUCAGACUCUGUCAUUUGUUUUCCUCUGGUUCCACCCUCUUGCCUCAGUUUCCCUCCUGUUACCUGCUGAUACUGGAUUUGGCAGGUUCUAAGACAUCACAUGACCUCUCCUCACAUGUCCUCCUCCAUGAAAGCAGCUUUCCCGGGUCUGACAUAGCCCCAGAUCCCACAGGACUUCUGGACCUGGAACACCUAGGCGGGGGGACAGACAGGCCCCAGGACCACCGCCAGGCCUCAGGGCGCAUUAGAGUGGCCACACUGGGCCCCCAGACCUGCUGCUCGUCAUGGAGACCCAGCCCCUCAGUCCUGACACUGGCCUUGGCCUGCUGGGGAGAACUGAACAAUAAAUGUUUUGGUGUGUU